CUUUGGCACCUCAACUAUCUAACUUUCACAAUAUGUUCCUCUCAAAUUUGUGAUUUGCUUCCACCUGCAAAUUGCUUUGUGUAUCAUAUUUAAUAAAUCAAUACAAUCUAAAUGUUUAAAUGAACAUGUAUAGUCACACCAUUGUAGCAGUGUUGCAUGCAGUAGGCUAUAAGGUAAGUAGAGAUUGUUCAUUUGAAGUUUACUCAAGUGGAAGAAUGUAAGUAAUAAACUUACACCUACUAGCACUAUGCAUUAUAUUGUGAAAAAGUAGAUUAUCUUAAUAUCAAAACCUUAAAUUUUCUCUGGACUUAAUGAUAAAUACAUGUCUGACUGUUGGAACGAACAAAAAAAAACCUAGUAAUCGCAUUCAUGACGAUUUAUGGUGAUUUUAUAUCUUUGCCUACAUUGAUCCUGAUGCAUUAAGAGGAGGGGUCCCUGUACCAAGAUGGCGGCUCAAUUGACGCAUUCGUUCCAAUGUACUGCCAUAUACAAGGCAACAUCUAGUGUAUAUCUAUGGAUAGCUUGCACUGCAUCAUGAUACAGAGAGUUACUCUGACUUUGCUUCUCUGGGGUAGUUGUGGUUGGCUCAUCUCAAACUGUGAAGGCCAAGGCUUGUUUGCAUCAAUGACUGUCGGAAACUGCUCCUGUAAACUUGGCCAUGGAAAGUGUGCUGAAGAUGGUGAUUGCAGAUGUGACCCAGGUUGGGGAGGACCCUUCUGUGAGGACUGUGUGCGGAUGCCCGGCUGUAUCCACGGCUCCUGUCAUCAGCCAUGGCAGUGCACCUGUUUGGAUGGCUGGACAGGACGCUUCUGUGACAAAGAUAUUUAUGUGUGUGAAAAUGAGAAGCCAUGUCAAAAUGGGGCCACCUGUUUUCUAAAUGAUGCCGGAGAGUACAACUGUUUGUGUCCUGAAGGCUUCCAUGGAAAAAACUGUGAGUUAAAGACCGGGCCGUGCCAUAAAAUCAAGUCCCCCUGUAAGAAUGGUGGCUUAUGUGAGGAUCUAGGUGGCUUUGCACCUGAGCUAACUUGUCGAUGCCUAGUCGGCUUCACAGGCCCUCGCUGUGAGACCAACAUGGACGACUGCCUGAUGCGCCCCUGUGCGAAUGGUGCUACUUGUGUGGAUGGUGUGAACCGCUUUUCAUGCCUCUGCCCCGCUGGGUUCACAGGCCGUUUCUGCACAGUCAACCUGGAUGACUGUGCCAGUGGACCAUGCCUCAAUGGAGGCCGCUGUAUAGACCGCAUCAACAACUUUCACUGCCUGUGUCCUGCUGGAUACACAGGUCGAACUUGUGAGAUUCCACUGCCGGUCAAGGAGCUCCAAACACAAGCACCACACAAGGACUCCUUUGGCUGGGGAGGAGGAGGGUUCUCAGAAAUCUCCAAAAAUCCCCACAUUACUGCAAAUAAACCACACACUUACACCUCAGGAAACUACUCUCAUGGGGUUACAACCAAUGGAGAUAAAGGUCAUCUGUUAAAAAUUUCUGUAAAGGAGGUAGUGACUCAGAGUGCACAAACAGGACUCUCAGAGGAACAUUUUUUAAUCCUGCUGGUAUUAGGAGGGCUGACUCUGGCUGUGGUGGCUCUUACAGCUGGCCUGGUGCUACGAGGACACUGGCAGAAUAUAUGUGUCUGCAAUCACUGUAGAGCACCGACCUCCAAACAACAUUCAUUCCAGCGAUGUCGCAUGCAGCAGCGCCACUUAGCUGCCACUCAGCAGGACUGUAAGAUCAGCUUCCUACACUCAUCUGCUGCACCUGAGCUGGAGAAGAAGAGACUAAACACAGAGGUCAUAUGAAGAUAUGGGGGAAAAGACUUGACUUCUCAUAAUAAAGAUGGGUCAUGUUUAAUGAAAAACAGUCUGUUUGUGACCGUAAUGGCCCGGUCACAUCAGCUGUCAUUCAUGAAGAAAAGUUGGCUAUUCAAGUGCAGGUAAAGUGAAAGAACAAGAAACAGCCUUGAGGGAGCAUCUAUAGGAUAGGACUAUAGGAAUGUUUCAUUACCACACAGUCUUCAGAAGUACCGCAAUGAAGAAAAUUACUGUACUAUUCCUAUUUUAUACAAAAAAAAAUUUUGCUCUUAAACCUAAGGGUGUUUUGUUCCAUUUCAGUGCCCCAAGUGGUCACCAACUGAUGACUCAGCAUCAGGCUUUUUUCUGCAUAUGUGAACACAAUAAAUGAACUCAGAUUCCUCUGAAGUGACACACAAGAGAAGUAUACACAGUUACUGUAGUUUAUGGUUAAUUUUGUGGUCCACUCGAUUUGUUCUUCACAUUUUGACAUUGCAUUUGACUUUUUCAGUCUAAUCUGCUUUAAAAAAAAAAAAAUCACAUUUGCUACAAGGGAAUAGUAAAGACAUAUACACGAGUGAUUAGUGUAGACUUCUCAGAGCCUUUAAAGGUAGAAGGUGCCAAUGUGGAAACAGCUGUCUUGUAAAUAAUAAUUGAAUAUUUGUGUUGUUUUAUAUUUGUGUAUAAUGGGAUUUUUGUACAAAUGUUGGAAAAUUUAUAAUGGGUCCAAGCACACUGUGCUGGAGCCUUUGUGUUUUCUUUUUUUGAUGAUGAUGAUGGUGAUGGGGAGAUGACAGAAAGGUGCAUUUCCCCUAUAAUAUAGGCAAAUAUGGGGACCUUGAUCGGUCUCUUAGUGUCCCUAUAGCACACAAUUGUUGUUGUUUUUUUUUUGCUUGCUCUUUAUCCCCCAUAUAAUCUGACUGCAAGACAGUUCCAGACUAUUGAAUUUUAAAUUCAUUCACAUAAUAUGCUAAACUUAACAUUGCACGUCUAGACCUCUAGCAUUUCCAAACAUGACCACCACACGCCAAUUAAUCCAUCCAGGGUGGAGCUUGGUAAGUGUGGGUAACUCAUGAAGACUUGGAUAGAUUCUCAUUUAACUUGAAAGUCUACAUAAAAUAAUUUUAGGGGUCAACCAAAUAAUUGCUUCUCAGUGAUUGCUUAUCGAUUAGCAGGCUGCAUCUUUGUGCUUGUCUCUAAGGUAGUCAAGGAUUAUGUUUUGUGAAAUUAAAAAAAACAUGAAUGCUGUCAGUCAAAUUUAAACUUCAGCUGGCUUUUAACAGGCUUACCGUUGGCCAUGCUGUCAGUAAUGUCGUUAUAAGAUUUGAAGUCUGUAUCUCAAGAGAGACCAAAUGACAAAAAAGCUGCAUUUCCAUUUUAACUUUUAUUUGUAACCUUCAUUGUUUAAUAUCAUUCUUGUUAUUUUUUAAAAACCAAUCAACAUCUGGGUUAUUUUGUUCAGGUGACACAAAAUUAAUCUGAACAAUAACUGGAUUUUCACAAUAUCAAAUUUUGCAGCAAAGACGCCAUAAAAAAUAAAGGCCAUUUCCAUGCAGAUCUUAUUGUUCAGACAUAAACAGUGGUAAUAUUUAGCAGCCCAGCAUGAGGAUGCCCAGAUUUUGUCAUUUGACCACAAUGUGGUCCUAAAGCAUACAAAUAACUAAACAGAACUUCAUGAACUGUUUUGUUUUCCUUGAAUGUCUGGAACAUGGAUUCAUGCCAUUCGGAAUAGGUACAAAGUCAAUCUCAGACUCUGCAUGCAAAUUUUCAUAAAACUUCACUUGAUCCAGAUUUGUUCCACUUCUUAUCUGAUCCAUUUGACAACCACAAAGACAACAAACAGGAAAUCAGGAUAUAGUUUUAAUCUCUAUUUUUCUUAAGAGGAAUACAUUUGACAGUUAAGAAGUGCUCCAAGUAAAGAAGUGAGAUCAUAUCUCAUGAAUUUCCUGUACUAAAUUUUAUACCUAUCUUUGGCACUAUUCCAAGUGUCCACAACAUUGUGAGUUAUUUGGCCUUACAGGUAGAGUGUGUCUAUAUCUCCACAACACUUGUGUGUGUUGACACUGAACCUGAGACUCAACACUACAUAUUUGACAUGAUCCAUGAUGUGCAGAUAGAUCAAUAGGGCAAUAAAUGCAGUGUCGGACUUGCUUGGGAAAUAAUACUUGCAAUCUACUAGCCAUUAUUUGCAGUUAUAUUUUUAUCUUAAUAAGCGUGAUCUCCAUCAUUGGAACUCUUUAGAUAAAACACUUUGAUGUACAGCAAUAUAGGAUCAACAGUAUUUUUUAAAUAUAAAUCUAAUUUAUUUCUGUAAAUUAUUGGUGUAAUGUGUACUUGAGUAUUUCAAUGUGUAUUUUUGAUACUGAGUAGAUACCGAGUUGUAUUAAGAUUGUAGAGAAUAACAAAAUUCUCUUGUAAAAUAUUUAAAGGACACCUUAAUGUCAUGCCACAUCAUACAUCAUUCGUUUCUGACUGAACUGAUCACAUAAUUAAUGGCAUUUGCAGGUAAAGAAGAAGACAUGUUUUUGUAAUCCUCAGUAUUUAGACAGAAGGAAAUGUGAUUCAUUUAUUUAAGCUCAUUGGUUCCUAUUUCAGGACACAAAAGCAAUAUCCGGGUUUUUUAUUGCCAUGGUCGUCUUUUUUUUUUUUUAAUAAACAAACUGAUGGAUUAAAUGUUGAAGGUGCUUAAAUAGUGUGG